AUGCGUGCUACAGUAUUGCGACGGGCAGCCAAAGUAACGGUUGGUCUACGACGCGAAGACCCUGGAAGGAUCUGGGAGCGUCGCACACCACUUACUCCCGAUGGGGUUGAAGAUUUAGUGGAAUCUGGAGCACAAGUUUUAGUAGAAGAAUGCGAAAGGAGAGUAUGGAGAAAUCAGGAUUAUGCCAAGGCGGGAGCCAAACUCGUUCCUGCUGGCAGGCGCGCUCUUGAGCCUGCAGAUAUCAUACUUGGCAUUAAAGAGGUUCCACUCGACGAGUGCAUAUCUACACUCACACCACACAACACGCCGCGGACGCAGCUCAUGUUCAGCCACACUGCCAAGGGACAAGAGUAUAACACUGGGCUCCUAUCGCAGUUUGUAUCACGUCCAGGAGAUACAGAUGGAAAGGCGCGGUUGGUGGAUUAUGAACUAUUGACGGAUGAAUCUGGCAAGCGUGUCGUUGCUUUUGGGUGGUAUGCUGGCGCAGCCGGCUUAGCAGAAGGCUUAAUCACAAGCGCACAUGCAGAAUUACAAUUAGGAGUUGCGUCUCCUUUCAUCUACCUCCCUCGGCCGUACGCGCAUCCGUCUUUAGAUGAUAUGCGAGCUUCCCUCCGUAGAGUGGGCAAGCAUAUCUCCAAUGCUGGCACCUCACCAGCCUUAGGACCAUUCGUUAUUGCCGUAACCGGGAACGGAAACGUGGCUCGGGGGGCCUUGGACAUGCUCAAGGAGCUUCCAGUAGUAUAUGUCAAGCCCAAAGAUCUCCCAAAACUAGUAGCGAACCCUGAAACGGAUUUACGCAAGGUCUACGCAGUGCACCUUCCUCCCUCUGAAUAUAUUCGGGGCAUCAACAAUGAACCGUAUGAUCGUGAAGCAUAUCACACGGAUCCAUCAAAAUGGAAGAGUAUCUUCGCUGAUGAGGUCGCACCGUAUACAUCCUUGCUCAUCAAUGGAGCAGGAUGGAAACCAGGCUAUCCGCGCCUCAUAUCGAACACUGAUUUGCCCCGUGUGAUUGCGCUAGCAAAAGGGGUCGGAGUCGGUAGGUUUGCGGCAAUCGCGGAUGUUAGUUGCGAUUUCGAGGGAGGACUUGAAUUCGUAACCCAUCCGACGACCAUAUGUGCUCCUAUUUAUCAACAUCCUCUUGGCCCGCACUUGAUGACUGUCGAAAUAUUGCCGGCUGAAUUACCUCGGGACGCCAGCAAGCAUUUCUCAAAAGCGCUAAAGCCAUAUCUUAAAGGGCUCGUGCGAGCUCACGAGAGAGGAGGAGCCCUAGUAUCGGAUGCGGGCAACGCCAAGGAUGAAGUACUAGCGACACUAGACCGCGCUACAAUAGCUGAAAAUGGGACAUUGCGCCCUCAGCAUAGUUGGCUCAUGGAUAGAGUUAACGCUCAUUGGACUCAAGGCAGUAUUUGUGGCAGUGCUUCUACUUCGGCUGGCAUAGCUCUACCUUCUAGGGACAUGGAAACUUCCAGUGUAGUUUCAAGCCCGGAGGCCAAGUUUUCGGAAUCGAUCAAACCGAAGAAGCGAGUUUUACUUCUUGGGUCCGGGAUGGUCGCUAAACCGGCGGUUGAUGUCUUCCUUGGUAGGGAAGAUAUCAGACUGGUUGUUGCGAGCAAUAAUUUGCCAGAAGCAAAGGCUCUCAUUCAAUCGCACGAUCGUGCUGAGGCCGUUAAACUCGAUGUUUCGGACCAGGAGCGAAUGGUCGAGUUGAUUAACGGGGCAGACGUUAUUGUUAGCUUGCUUCCAGCAGCAUUACACACUCAAGUAGCCGAGGGCUGUAUCAAGUAUAAGAAACAUCUUGUUACGGCAUCGUAUAUCUCUCCCAGCAUGAAGGCACUUCACGAACGAGCAAUCGAAGCGGAUGUCCUGUUACUGAACGAGAUUGGACUAGACCCGGGGAUUGAUCAUUGCGGAGCAAUGGAAAUGCGAGAUCGUUUCGAGCGUCAAGGCAAAAGGAUCGUGUCGUUUGUCUCGUGGUGCGGAGGGCUUCCCGCUCCGGAAAAUAGCAACGUUCCAUUAGGGAUGAAAUUCUCCUGGAGUCCUAAAGGCCUACUUUCUGCUGCACUAAAUCCAGCUCGCUUCAAACUAGCGGGGAAACAGAUUGAUAUUCCAGGCAAUGAACUGCUCGAAUCAUACUUUCCAGAAGUACCCUUGUCCAAAGGUUUCGCCCUCGAGGGCUUGGCAAACCGCGAUAGCCUUGGAUACGCGGAAACAUACAAGUUUGGCAGCGUAGACGGGAUGAGAAGCUUGUUCAGAGGUACAUUAAGGUAUAAAGGAUUCGCCGACCUCAUGCGCAUGUUUAGCGAGGUUGGCUUGCUUAGCAACAAGGAAAGCGACAAAAUUCUUUUCAAUGAAUGGAACGAACUUGUCGGAAGGGCAGCAGCAAAAGCUAGUGGCGAAACGUUCGAGCUGAAGGACACCAUGGAUGUAGUGAAAUCAAUCAUCGGAACCGAGAGGGCUGAGGAGCAUAAAAUUAUCCCAGCACUCAAGUGGAUGGGUGUUGUUCCUACGAACUCCGCCGAAAUUGACCCUUCUCUCCCUCCCAUUCCUAAAGGCCCGGUGACACCCCUCGAUGCAUUCGCUACGCUACUUUCAUACAAAUUACGAUAUGAGCCUCAUGAACGGGACCUGGUUCUCCUAUCUCACGAAGUGAUUACCGCUCCAGCAUCUGCACCUCUCUCAGAUACCUUUGACCCUGAGACCAACGAGGUCUAUACCUCUACGCUCGCCGUUUAUGGUUCUUCCUCUGGAUCGGCAAUGUCAAAAACGGUUGGGUUGCCCCUUGCAUUCGCAGCUCUUCAGGUACUUGAUGGUGCUGUCCGUGCCCGUGGUGUCGCAGGUCCAUUUGGAGAGGAGGUCUAUAAGCCUGUAUUGGAAGGUUUGGAGGCUGUUGGCCUGGGUAUGCGGGAGACCAAAGUUACAGGAGGGGAGGGAAUGGGUCGUAGCAUGUUGAGAUGGAUGCUUUAA